AUGGGUUUUCGUUUCCCUAGUAUUAUCAGAAGCACAUCAUUUUCUACAAAACGGGGAGUUUUAAAAGGCGUGGACGUACCAAAGGGAUAUCUAGCAGUAUAUGUUGGAGAGAAACAGACGCGGCAUGUGAUUCCUGUGUCAUACUUGAAUCAACCAUUGUUUCAGGACUUAUUGAGUCAAGCCGAGGAAGAGUUUGGAUACAUUCAUCCAAUGGGUGGCCUCACCAUUCCAUGCACAGAAGAUGUGUUCCAACAUACUACUUCUAGCUUGAAUGGUCUGUAA